AUGCGUCUGGCUCUUGUCCUGGCUCUUGUAUCCUCCCUACAGAUUUUUCAACAAUCCAGUGUGGAUCCGAAUCAGUUCGAUACAAUUUGGCAAGCUUCUCUCGUAACAGCAGCCUUUCCUAUCGGGAAGUUCAUUGCAACUUGUCUUCUCUCAUUUAACAAUGUUAAUCUUCACAGUGAACUUGAUAGAUGCGCCCGGCUUCUGAUUGUUGGAGCUGUGAUUUCAGCAAUUCCAAUUUUUCGAGUUCUAUUAUCUUUUGUUGGACGAUUCAUAAUGGGAUAUUCUGCUGGUAGUGGAUUUGUCUGUGCACCUGCGGUACUUCGAAUUUCCGUUCCUGAGAGUUUGCGCCCGGUGAACUUUAUGUUUCUAGCAGCUGCAUUUUCUAUGGGGACUUUUCUAGCAAAUUCAAUUUUUCUAAUAUCUGAUCUUAUUCCACCUAACAUAAUUUCUGCAAUUCUCACUGCUGCUGCAGGAAUUUUCUAUCUGGUCCUUCGUCCAGAUGACUAUCCUUUGGAAGAAUGCACUGAAACAGUUUCAAUAGACGGCGAUGCACCAGAACCAAUCAAGAGUUCUCAUCCGGUUCUUUUUGUUUUUGUACUUAUGGUUAUCAAUGUGUCUAUUGGCGUUCCACUAAUGCAAACCUACAGCACUCUCAUAUUUUCUUAUUAUGGAAUGCCCAAGACCUCUGCCUCAAUCGUCUCAGUUUUAUAUCCAAUUCUUCAAUUGAUUCCUAUCAUGAUUUCUACCAGAAUUAAUGUUCAAGGUAUAGAGAAGGAACCCACUUCUCGCAGAAGUGAAUCAUCAAAUUCCAGAAAACGGUUGGUUCUUGGCGGAUACUUGGUGGCUAUUGAAGCUCAGUUUUUCCUACUUCUCACGUCUUCAUAUCCAUAUCUACCGGAGAAACAUCAAAUGAUUGCAAUGACUGUUCUUCUUCUGAUUCUUUCAAUUUCUUUUGUGAUUCCAUGUAACACUGCUCUCUGUAUUUUAUUCGAACAAUUUGAUGGAUCAAAUGUGAAAACUGCCAGUAAAUCAAGAUGUGUCAUGUGGUUUUUGGCUUCUAUCAGCACAUUGACAUUCUCCAAAGUUCUGGAUUCAUAUGGAUUCGCUGUUGCAUUCCUACCAUAUUUUUUUGGUUCAGUUGUUUCCUACGCCAUAAUGCUCUUUAUCUUCCCUUCUAACCAACAAUUUGUAAUUAAACUAUAA